CAGAAGAACCCCAAAAGAAAACCCUAAAAAAAUGCAAUCCGAUCAGCCAUUGUCUGUGUUCUGUACAGUGAUGGCCAUGAACACCACCGAUUUCUGCUACUUGGUUUGCUCUCAAUGUGAGAAAACUCUCCCAAAUGAAUUCAUUUCAUGCAAGUACUGCGAUCCCAAAUUCUUCAAUCCAGGCUCGUCGAAUUCAAAACGCCUCUAUCGCAUUCUUGUGCCUAUUGCAGCAUCAGAAGAAGUUUUUGUAGUUGUAAUGUUUGAUAGAGUCGCUCGAGUUCUCAUUGGUUGCUCUGCUGAUGAAUUUUUCAAUUUUACCACGGUUAACCCCUCUGCAGCUGUUACUGCCAGUAAACUCCUGGAGGGUAAAAUGUUCCAAAUGAAGCUCUCUAAACGGAAGAUGAAUGGCAAUGCACAGCACCUUCGAGCUAUAUCAGUUACUCCGCUGUGCUCUGAUUUCACUCCGGCAAUUAAGACUUUGAAGGAACUGUAUAAAGAUGCAGCCAGUCCUUCACAUCAAUCAUCUUGUUCGUAAGAGUACAUUGUAGUUCGAUGUUGUUUAAAAGGUGCGGUGAAACGAGGAGUAGAAA